GUGCAACCGCAGGGGAAUAGAUUCGUUUUGCAGGAGGAAAAGAUUGUCAAGAGCGAAAGAUGCCAGCUGAGGUCAUCCAUGUCGGCCGCCAUUCCAACACAGAAGCAACCAAUCGCUAACUGCGCUUCUCUCGGGACUAUCACGGUUCUCUUUCAUGCUGUUGAUCUGUCCACUUUUACUCGCUCGUUCCUACUUUCUGCAGGCUAUGUCUGGAGAUACACGUCCUGGGAUCGCCGCGCGCGGUGCUUCAGCUCUCAGCCCUUCGGUGGCGACGGAAACAUGUCCAGAAACACCACCAACACUCCCUUUUUGCUUCUCCUCCCGGUUUCUUCUUGCAUCUUGCAUCUUGCAUCUCGCUCCCCUCAUCGCUUACACCGCAAAUUCGCUCACCCUUGGCUGUACUACCAGAUGGCGAUCGGACCGGAUUGGCGAGCUGAAAGCCACCCGCACGAGGCAAGGCUUCAUAUUCCCCCCUUGAGCUGCUCGACUGGCCCAGACAUCAGUAUUGCAAAUCGACCCUUUAAAGUGGAGGGACAGAGAAAUGCAAAGAAGAAAAAUAAAGCAAGAACAAUGCGUGCGUUGGACCCGAGUAAGCCAUUGGUCCACCGUUGAAUGAAGCCCAUACUGAAUCGCAUUGUCCUCUGCAUUAGCGUCCAAUUCAUACAAUCAUGUCCAUUGCAUCAUCUGU